UCGGCUCAGCACAGUGGCCAAGCGUCGUAAAACCAAUAAACGAUCGAUCGUCGAACAAUUGUCGUUUAUGUUUACGUUUUCAUUUUAAUGCACAUGCUGAUGCGCGGUCCAGUGAAGUGAGCUGCUUCGUGUUCGUUUGUGUGUGUGUGUGUGCAGUUAAAGCGAAAUGAACUGUGCAAAAAAAAAGAGUGGAUCGUAAUAAGAAUGAAUACAAUUGCCCUGCGUCGGCUGCCAAUUGUUGUCUAAUCUAGCCUAAUGCAGAAUACUCCUCAGCUGCCCUCUGUCUAAGCACUCUACUAGAGUAAUAAACUUGCGUUGACGCAGACAGCGAGAUAUAAAGAGUAAGAGCGGGUUGCAGAGAGUGCGCACGAGAGAAAGAGAGACAAUUUUGGGAGAGCGAGAGAAACUUUGUAAACAAACAACAAGAGCGUAUGCGUCGUGGAGCAUGAAAUGAUCGUUAAAUUAAAAGAACGUUACCCACUCGAGGUCGGAUCAGUCAGCCACUGACAACGAACCCGCAACGACGCCAAAACAUAGUUCGACGGGUAUAAAAAAAAAACCAGCAAACGAACCCGAACCCAAAACUUAAUUAGACAGCAUAAAAUUGGAAUAUUAACUAAUUAAAAAAGCAUCGAGACAGUCGACAACAUAAAAAAUGCGCGACGCCGCCAAUGAGGACAACAUCACAACUGGGGUCACUCCAUCCCAGACACAGACACAAACAUCGCGGGAGCGGGAGCGGGAACGGGAAACGGAGCGUACAGCGUUGGCGCAACGGCAACUGACGCGACGCUUUCUCAUCGAGCUGCUGAUCGUGACGGUGCUGGUGAUACCGAUCUGCAUCUUUGAGUUUGCCGUGGAGCCAGUGCGACGCGGCUUCUUCUGUGACGAUGAGAGCAUACGCUAUCCCUUCCACGACAACACAGUGUCGCCUGUGAUGCUGGGACUCCUCGUUGGAGCGUUGCCUCUGCUCAUCCUUGUGCUUGUGGAGUAUGUGCGAUCAAUGCGUGCUGGAGAAUUGACGACGACAGUGCAACUCUUUGGCUGGCAGAUGUCCGCCUGGUAUGUGGAACUAGGCCGGCAAUUUGCCUACUUUGGCUUUGGCAUGCUGCUCACCUUUGAUGCCACCGAGGUGGGCAAGUACACGAUUGGAAGGCUGAGGCCACACUUUAUUGCCGUGUGUCAACCGCAGCUGAGCGAUGGCAGCUUGUGCACCGAUCCCAUCAAUCUGCAUCGCUAUGUGGAGAACUACGAGUGCGCUGGAGAGGGUUACACCAUUGCAGAUGUCCGGCAGACCAGGCUAAGCUUCCCCAGCGGCCAUUCGAGUCUCUCCUUCUAUGCCCUGCUCUAUGUGGCGCUCUAUUUGCAGCGCAAACUCACGUGGAGCAGCUCGAAGCUGGCGCGGCACUUUCUCCAAUUUACGCUCAUCAUGCUGGCCUGGUACACAGCACUCAGCCGGGUCAUGGACAGCUGGCAUCAUUGGUCGGAUGUGUUGGCGGGAUCGCUGAUUGGCGUCGCCGGCGCAUUGAUCACAGCCCAUUACAUUGCUCACUUCUUCAAGCCGCAGUUUCAUGAUGUUGUGCUGGGUUCUGGACUGAGGCGAGAGAAUACAUCGGCCACGCUGCAGGAGGAGGUUUGCCCCGCCACCCCGCCGCCGUAUUGUGUGAACAGCAACUAUAAUGACGAUCAGUAUUGUACCAAAGUAUAAGGCGCAGUUGGCAAAGAUACGAGAUGUGCGAGAUAAAGUGAAAAAUCCACAAAAAUAAAAAACAUUCCAUACCAAAUACAAGAUAGUUAACUUAGUUUAUAGCAAACGUGCCCGUGCUAUUAAUAAAAGAGUUACCUGUGAAGCAAAAUCAAA